GGGAAAAAACCCGAAGAUGCCGGCAUUAAAUAAAACAAAUCAACUUACUCAUCUGUCAUCUCCCUCCUUUCCAGUGACACUUUACACUUCCAAUAAAAACAAACAAAAAACUUCAAAUCUAUAAUUAAAUAGAAAAUUACUAUCAUAUAUUCAUUCUUGAAGUUCUAAACAAAAGAAGAUCUGCAAACACUCACACUUACUUCGGAGUUAAGAAGAUAUGGGAGAGUCGAGUAAUUCGGCUAAGGGUAUACUAGACUUUUUAAAGAGUAAUAAGUUUGGGAAAACCGAGGCUGCGAUGAGAAGUGAGACGGGUAACCGCGGGGAUGAUUUAAACGGGUCUUUGAAAGGUUUUAAACUUGAAGACGUUAUGAGGAAGAGUUCUCAUGGUGUAAAAGAGGAGUUUGUUGUGAAGGAAAUGGAAAACAGGAAUGCGCCGGAUAGUAAAUGGAAAAAUAUCGUGGAAGAGAAAUGUGGAGUUAGUGAGACGAUUGGGACGAGGGAUAAGAAUUAUAAGUCAUUGAGUAAUUCUGACGAGGCUGUGCUUGAGUUGUAUACGAGGAAGUUUAAUUCUGAUAAUGGGUCGGGUGAUCUUUACCCGCAUGAUUCUGAUGUUACAACAGCUGAUGUGAAAGAGUAUGAGGUUUAUUCUAAAUCAAAGACUGAUAUCAGUAGAGUUAAUCUGAAAGUGGGAGUUGAAAAAGAUUCUGUUGUUGAUAGAAAGCCGUCACUGAUUGGGGCUGGAAGUGCAAAUAAAGAUUCUAUUGGAAAUGCAUCAACCACCUAUGAUACGAAAUAUGGUAUUAGAGAAAAAGAAGGCCAAAUGAGAAAGCCUGACAACUCUGCAACAACUCAGGGAAAUACUGAAUUGAAAUCUUUUGGUGGUUUAGGUUUACCUUUCACUUCAAUAAAACAGAAGGAAGAGUUACCCAGGUUGCCACCGGUUAAAACCAAUUUAGAGGUUAAACCAUCAAGUAUAAUUUGGGAGGAGAAACAUCAACGUGAUGAAUCUGGUUCAAAGACCCUUAAUGCUGACAGUUCUUAUCAUAUAAGAUCAUUUCUGCAUGUUCCCAUCGGCCAAGAAAUAAGCUCUUCAGGUAGAAAAAGGCAUGCAGGAGGCAACUGGUUCUCUGUAAGUCAAGGCAUUACUGAGGACACUUCUGAUUCAAUAUCUGGUUUAGCAGUAAUUGGUGAUGGGUUGAGUGAAUCUCUUGAUUACCUGAAUGACUAUUGGGACUCUGAUGAAUAUGACGAUGAUGACGAUGUUGGCUACAUGAGACAACCUAUUGAAGACGAGACCUGGUUUUUGGCUCAUGAAGUUGACUACCCGAGUGACAAUGAAAAGAAAACAGCCCAUGAAAAUAGUCGAGAUCCACAAGGAAGAUUUCCUGAAAAGAAUGAGGAUGAUAAUCAAUCGUUUGCAGAUGAGGACUCGUACUUAUAUGGGGGCCAAUUUUUUCAUUCAAAAAAUGUAGAUCCAGUCAGUCACUCAGAUGAUAUGAUUGCACAGUAUGAUGGACAGCUGUUGGAUGAAGAGGAGUUGUGUCUGAUGCGAGUAGAGUCUGUAUGGAAGGGGUUUGUCACACAAAAAGAUAAGCUCAUUAUGUUAAGUGAAGGCCAGAUAUCGGAUAAGACUGGUACGCCGCAUCUGGAUGAUGUUUGUGUAGAUGAAGAUCAACAUGCUUCAGUUCGAUCAAUAGGUGUUGGGAUCAACAGUGACGUGACAGAUUUUGGCAGUGAGGUUCAAGAGAGUUUGGUUGGAGGUAGUAGCGAGGGGGAGUUGGAGUAUUUUCGUGAUAAUGAUGUUGGUAUGCUAUCACAUGAUUCUAAGACGAAAUAUGUUGAUCAAGAUAUGAAAGACAAAAGGAGAAAAGCCACAACUACAGGUAUAUUGACAAAAAAUGUGAGUGAGAGUGGAUUUUUGUUCCCACCUCCUAGAGAUGGUCAGCCGUUAAGUGGUCCAAAUAAACCUUACAAUGUUAUUGACAUUGAGGAAAGUGAUGAUCGGUUACAUACUUUCAAAAGUAGUAGUUCAUCACCUGUCAAAACCUCAAGGGAUGAAGAUGAUGCGGAAGCUGUUGGCUCGGCAAGUUCCAGUCCCUCCAGUCUCACAAGUUAUGGAUAUACUGAAAGGGCCCAUCAAGAGGACCAGAAGGUUCGUGGUUUAAGAGAAGAACCAGGGGCCUCACUGGAGGAUGAAGAAGCUGCUGCUGUCCAAGAGCAAGUGAACCAGAUAAAGGCCCAGGAGGAGGAAUAUGAAAUCUUCGAACUUAAAAUUGUGCACAGAACAAACAGAACUGGCUUCGAGGAGGACAAGAAUUUCAAUGUUGUUUUAAAUUCUGUCAUAGCCGGGCGUUAUCACGUUACCGAGUAUCUUGGGUCUGCUGCAUUCAGUAAAGCUAUUCAAGCACAUGACCUUCACACUGGCAUGGAUGUGUGUGUGAAAAUCAUUAAAAAUAACAAAGACUUUUUUGAUCAGAGUCUUGACGAGAUAAAGCUUCUAAAAUACAUCAACAAGCAUGAUCCUGGUGACAAGUAUCAUCUUCUCAGACUAUAUGAUUACUUUUACUACCGGGAGCAUUUGUUGAUUGUUUGUGAACUGCUCAAGGCAAACUUAUACGAAUUUCAUAAGUUCAAUCGAGAAUCUGGAGGGGAGGUUUAUUUUACAAUGCCAAGAUUGCAGUCAAUAGCGAUCCAGUGCUUAGAGGCACUUCAGUUUUUGCAUGGACUUGGGUUGAUACAUUGUGAUCUGAAGCCUGAGAAUAUAUUAGUUAAGAGCUACAGUAGAUGUGAAGUGAAGGUCAUUGAUCUUGGAAGUAGCUGUUUUGAAACAGAUAAUCUUUGCUCUUAUGUUCAGUCUAGGUCAUAUCGGGCACCAGAAGUUAUUUUGGGGCUUCCAUAUAAUGGAAAGAUCGAUAUUUGGUCCCUUGGCUGCAUCUUGGCUGAGCUUUGUACUGGAAAUGUUCUUUUCCAGAAUGAUACCCCAGCUACUUUACUUGCUCGAGUAAUUGGAAUUAUUAGUCCAAUUGGCCAAGAAAUGCUUGCUAAAGGACGGGAUACAUAUAAAUACUUCUCCAAAAACAACAUGCUUUAUGAGCGCAACCAGGAGACAAACAGAUUAGAGUACUUGAUUCCCAAGAAGACAUCCUUAAGGCAUCGUCUACCAAUGGAUGACCAAGGGUUCCUAGACUUUGUCUCUCAUCUACUUAAAGUCAAUCCCAAAAAACGCCCUUCAGCCGCAGAUGCUUUGAAACACCCAUGGUUAUCAUACCCUUAUGAACCGAUUUCAUCUUAAAACAACCAAAGGCUCUGUUAUGAUGGACAUGCACCCUUACAUGGUUGGGUUUGCAUGUACUUGAAGAUGUGGAAAGAAUUUGACUGAAAUCGCUAACGGGGUUUAUGGUCUCCAAUGGUAGUAGUUUGUACAUAUCAUCAUGCUACUAAUACCAUGAGGGUCAUUUUGGUAGUAAUUAGUUAAGUAGCAAUCUAAUCAAAUUUUGGGUUGGUUUUGAUGUAAUGAUUCAUGUAAAACCAAAAUGAAAUGGUAUUUGCUGAGAUCAUUCUCUUAUUCAA